GAGUGCAAUCUUUUUCUUUCUAUAAUAAUUUUUUUUUUCCAAUAAUCUGAAAGAACUAACUGUUAUCAGAAGUACAUGAAUUUCAGCUUUUUCUUUUCUUAAAAGUUUGAUUUCAGUCAAUUAUCAUGUUCAUAUAAGGUCCCUCAAGUAAAUUAAAAUUAGACAGCACUAGUUGUUGAUAAGCCCUGGAAUACUGACAUGUUUGACUGUGACAGAUUAACCCCUUUGAGCUUAAGAUCUUGGCCUCAGAAUUCUUCCAUACCAAGUAAUGGUACCACGAGGCUAGAUUGUCGGAUUUGAGGAUGUGUUCUUAUAAAAUUCUCAUAAGCUGCCCUAUUGAUAUAUUCUCCCAUAAAACAACAAAAAACACACACAUCUAUCCAACACAAACUAAGGGUCCCAUUUGGUUCCUAGCAAUUCAUAUCCAUGAAAGAAAGUGAAAUAGUUUACUUGUUUUCCACUUCCACAACUAAAACCAGUUCUUCAAUGCUUGUUUUUUUUUUGAAAAUUUUUACCACCACUCAUGCUAUAAUUAUUGAGUUGUUAGUUUUCCCACAUGGGUCCUCCUUGUCCAACCAUGGAACCAAAUAUAGUUUUUUUUUUCUAUUGAUUGAGAUGUUCAAUGGAAUUUACAUAUUGACUGAAGCAGUGGGGAAAUUAAUGAGUUCAAGCAUGGGAUUGCAGGACUAUGCCAAACAAAACGUCAUGAUAUCUAAAUUUUUGGCACUAACAAGCAUGCCUAUUUCUGAUGUUUCUAGUGAUGUUACCAUUGAAAUAGGAGCAUCAAGCUUUGCACUUCACAAGUUCCCUCUAGUUUCUCGGAGUGGACGAAUUCGUAGACUGUUGAUCGAAGCAAAGGAUGCAACGAUUUCGCGUAUGAAUCUCUCUUUGAUUCCUGGUGGACCGGAAGCAUUUGAGCUAGCUGCAAAGUUCUGCUAUGGAAUAAAUAUCGAGAUUACAUUAUCGAACGUCGCGAUGUUACGAUGUGCAGCGCAUUUUUUGGAAAUGACGGAAGAGUUUGUGCAGAAGAACUUGGAAGCUCGUACAGAAGCGUAUCUGAAGGACACGGUACUCCCGAACAUAUCAAACUCGAUAUCUGUUCUUCACCGUUGCGAAUGCCUCUCGCCUGUAUCCGAAGAGAUCAACUUGGUUAAUAGGCUUAUCAAUGCAAUUGCCAAUAAUGCAUGCAAAGAGCAGCUUGCUUCAGGCUUACUUAAACUUGAUCACAACUUUCCAAUGAAAACUAUGCCAAACAUCGAACCGGAAACGCCAUCUGACUGGUGGGGAAAGUCACUGUCGGUUCUUAAUCUUGAGUUCUUCGAACGAGUUUUAACGGCCGUGAAGUCUAAGGGUCUAAAACAGGAUAUGAUCAGCAAGAUUUUGAUAAAUUACACCCAUAAUUCUCUUCAAGGCCUGGUCAUUAGGGACCCUCACAUUGUAAGGGGAAGCCUGUUGGACAUGGAACUGCAAAAGAAACAAAGGGUCAUUGUUGAAGCCAUGGUUAGCUUACUGCCAACUCAAUCAAGGAGGAGCUCAGUUCCCAUGGCUUUCCUGUCCAGUUUACUGAAAACUGCAAUAGCUUCAUCAGCAUCCACUUCAUGCAGAUCUGAUCUAGAGAGGAGGAUAGGCCUGCAACUAGACCAGGCAAUCCUUGAAGAUAUCCUUAUACCAGCUAAUUCAUAUGGUAACAAUCAUGGAACCAUGUAUGAUACGGAGUCGAUCUUGAGGAUCUUCUCCAUAUUUUUGAACUUGGAUGAGGAUGAUGAUGAAGAUAAUCGCAUGAGAGAUGAAAGUGAAAUGGCAUAUGAUUUUGACAGUCCUGGAUCCCCAAAACAAAGUUCAAUCCUCAAAGUAUCCAAGUUACUUGACACUUUCCUUGCAGAAAUUGCACUGGACACAAACUUGUUGCCAUCAAAAUUCAUAGCACUUGCAGAGUUACUUCCUGAUCAUGCUCGGAUCAUUAGCGACGGGCUAUACCGAGCCGUCGAUAUCUUCCUCAAGGUUCAUCCGAACAUAAAGGACUCAGAACGCUAUAGACUAUGCAAAACAAUAGACUGUCAGAAAUUAUCACAAGAAGCUUGUAGUCAUGCAGCACAGAACGAAAGGUUACCUGUACAAAUGGCGGUCCAGGUGUUAUAUUUCGAGCAAAUCAGGCUCCGGAACGCGAUGAACGGAGGUCACAACCAAUUCUUUUUUGGCACAAUCAACAGCCAGUUCCCUCAACGAUCGAGCAGUGGUGCAGGGAGUGGAGCCAUCUCGCCUAGAGACAACUACGCGUCGGUCAGACGAGAAAACCGAGAGCUGAAACUCGAAGUGGCAAGGAUGAGGAUGAGGCUAACGGAUUUAGAAAAAGAUCAUGUGUCAAUGAAACAAGAGCUGGUAAGGUCACACCCUGCUAACAAGAUAUUCAAAUCAUUCACUAAGAAAUUAAGCAAGCAACUCAACUCGUUAUUCAGGAUCAAUAAUUUGAAGCCAAUAGGGAGUAAACCAAAUGCAGAAUCUCGUUUCUUGUUCCAAAGGAGAAGGCGUCACUCAAUAUCAUAAAAUUUUUUUUAAACUACGUGUGGAUAAGUUGAAAGAGUGUAUAGGGUAAAUUAUAUGUGCAUGUAGUGUGAAAUUUGUGGUCUAAUUGCAGGGUUGAUAGUAGCUUUGUAUGUAUGUAUGUUUGCAUGUAUGUAUGUAUUACAUUGUUUUUUUUCUGGAGUGUUGGAUUCUGGGGUUGCUUUGUUUGGUGAGAUCAUUGCCUUGACAUUUUGAAAAGAGUCUUGAGAGAAGAGGCAUUGCUCAGUCAAAACUGGUGUAUGUUAAAAUGCGUUGACUGCUGAGAAUCUAUGUAUGAACCAAAGUAGGACCAA